AUGUUUAAUGUUUUGAGGAGGGAGCAUGGAGACAGGCGACAAAAACUCGUUGUACGACCGGAAGUGUACAACGACUGGACAGAUUUUGAUUCAACCAGAUGGACGGUUUUCAUUACACACGGCUGGAGGAGCAAUGCCGGAAAAGACUGGGUCAGGCACCUUGAAACAGCGAUACUCAUGAAAACUGAUGCAAACGUGAUUAGCGUCGACUGGUCUUUUGGAGGCAAGGGUAUAAAUUACAUGCAGUCCGUGUCAAACACACGGGUUGUUGCAGCAGAAAUCAGUAGACUACUUAACCAUUUAAUAGCUAAGAAGAAAUUGAGGGCGGAUAGAGUACAUCUCAUUGGUCAGAGUCUUGGAGCACAUAUCAUGGCUUAUGUGGGGAAUAACGUAACCGGAAUCGCUCGUAUUACAGGGUUAGAUCCAGCCCAACCAGGUUUUGAGGGCGACGACCCUGCCGUGUAUUUGGACGCUUCUGAUGCUAAGUUCGUAGACAUUAUCCAUACCAAUGCAGAUCCUUUUGUGCCGAACGGGGGAUUAGGAUUCAUACAGCCAACUGGUAAGUAA